GAAACUGACACUUGGAGCUUUCCUGUCACGACACAUUUCCAAUAUGCACAGAGAGAUGUGGGUUUUGCCAGGCGAGGAAGGGGGAAGAGGCUUAUGGAGAUACAGAGAAAACAAGAAACCAAGGCAAAGAGAGAAGAAAUUAAACAGAGAAAGCUAACAAUGCAACAAGGAAAGAAGAUGGAUCUCAGGCAAGUUGAAGUUGGAAUGAAAGUCCUAGAAGAUGGUAGGAGGGUGGUAGAAAACAAGGCGAAUGAUCACGAACACCAACAACAACUCGACCCUGGCAGUGCUCUUCAAACGUUUCUUGACCGCAUUCCUAUCAGUUCUAUUCCUGGCAUCCAAAACUCUCCUGUUGUGGAAUUGAAAGCUGGGGAUGGUGUAAAAGAUGCAAUACAAUUAUUGUACGAGGAGAAUGUGUCUGGUGCUCCUAUUGCUGAUGUUGUAGAAUCUGAUGCCACAGUUGGAAGAAUUUCAGAUCACUAUAUGGGGUUCAUAGAUUUUGUCAGCUUGUUUCUUUGGUCUCUUGAGGAAUGUGAAAAAGUUGAUAUCCAAGCCAAGAAAAAUGGAGGAGAUGAGACUGGCAGAAGUAGCUUCUUUACAAUGCUUGAACAAAGUCCUGACAUCGGACAGACAAAGUUAUGUUUAUUGAAUGAACAGGUGGGAGAGUUAGCCAAGUCAUUCCUUUGGGAUCCUUUUUUCCCUGUAAACUUGGACAACACACUGUUUCAUGUUCUGAUGCUUUUGUCGAAGCAUCAUCGGCUGCAGGCUGUACCUGUUAUUGAGCAAUCGGACUUUCAGAUCAUUGGUUUUGUAACACAGAAUGCAGUGAUCCAGCUGCUGCUUCAGUCGAGUGGACUAGAGUGGUUUGAUGGUAUUGCAGACAAGGCAUUGUCCGAGUUUCGCUUUGAUAGUGAAGGGCGAGUCAUUCUUGUCUAUGAAGACCACAGCUUAGCAGAAGCUAUUCACAUCUUGUGGGAAAGCCGAAUAGGUUCAGUUGCAGUUGUGAAUCGAGAAACUAAAAAGCUCAUCGGUUGCCUUAGGAACAGUGAUGUUUAUCUUCUUUUGGAGAAUAAUGAACUAUUUAAUGAUAGAAGAAAACUAACCAUGGGGGAAUUCAUUCACACAGCAACUGCAAUAGUUAAUGCUGAUCCUACCAUUGAACCAGACCUGGAGGCACUCCGCCUAAGAAGCAGCUUCCUUCCAAGAAUGUACUCUCCAGUCACUGCCAAAAGAAGCAACACACUCAAGCAAGCAAUGAACAAAUUAGCAGAUGCAAAAGGCAGUUUUUGCUUUCUAGUUGAUGAUUCACACCAGCCAACGGGCAUGCUCACAUUAAGAGAUAUAAUCAUUCAGUUUUCUCCCCCUUGCAUUGAUUCAGCCAUUCAUGGAGGUGGUUUUUUUGAAUCUGCUCUAGAACAGACAGGUUGUCUGGUCAAAAAUGGAACCAUGAUUUGUCAUCAUUAACGCUUUUUCAGCGUUGAAAUUCAAUAUCCCAAUUUUUGAGAAGCAAGAUAAUAUCCUUGCAAGUCAGAUGUUCAAGCCAAAGGAGCUUGAUAUGUUGCUGGAAAGAGUGAGAAAAGGGAAUGAUAAUGAACCCUGGGAACAUUGACUUGCCCUUA